AUGUCCAAAAACCAAAACCAACACCACCGCAAAACGCAAAAACAACAAAACGACGAGGCCAAGAAAUAUAAACGACUCAAAAGACCAAAAAUCCUUGAAAAAAUAUGUAUUCACCAUCAUUCCACGGUUAAAAGAAACAAGAAAAAAUCUCCCCUGUAA